GUUGAGGACUUGGAAGAUGGGGAUGGCUUCCCUUCUUAUUUUCCCCAUGUUUUGUUUCGACUUGUGGCGGAUGCUCCUCUCUGUAUUUUCGCUGUUACAUGUUUAGGCAUGGUAACCUAUCAUACUUGGGGCAUCGUCUGUGGAAAUUUUGAGGUUGUAUGCAGGCACCCGUGCCUGCCGUGGGUUGGUCAUCACAUCUCAAAGUGCUGCCGCUACAUCGGACGCUUCCACCAUGGCAUCUUUUCUCUUCAGUUUGGCAGCUACGAGCACGAAGUUGUGUUGCCCAAUUGUGUGCGAUUGACCAAUGGUGCAAGGCAGCCGUCAAAAUCGAGGCAGGCAUCACCUCGCUGUUGCCUCUCUCUGAUCCAAGUUUAUUUUCCCAUGUCCUUUCUGACUCCUUGUUGAGCGUCCCAAGAGUACUGACGGUUCUCGCCGAUGCAGAAAGCUCGAUGCCUUCAAUGCUUCGCCUCCAUCCGAGCAGAUCGAUUACUUCCAUCUCCCCUUGUCAAGCCUACACAACCGCCCCACGGACACUAGCUCUGACCCCAAAGACCGGCCCUCGAGCGACGACGCAGUCGAAUACAAGGCUUUCAGAAAGACGCCUUUGGUCAAAGACGAUCUGGACCAAUAGCGGGUACUCAGUACCUCGCCUUCGUUGCAAUUUGGUACUGGGUGGAAGUAGGUGUUGUUGAUCCUCCCUCACCGUCCAACUUAGCAACGUGAAAGAGAUAAAGACGUGUAUAAAAGCGAAAAAUCGAAGCAGACCGUUGCUAACACACCCUCAAAGGCAAAAAUGGAUAGCCAGCUCUUGGUUCGAUUCGGAAUAAUGCAGCAUCUCUCUGGUCCAACGACAAGCCAUCUGACG